UAACGAACAAUCAAGUCCCGGAGGAACCCCCUGUACAGGAAAUGACUGCUGAAAGCCACUCUGCUCAUCAUCAGCGAAUUCCGUCACGUACUAGACUUACUUCACCAGUGCCUCAUGGUCAUGAAGAUUUGCGGCGCCAGAUUGAACGGAAUCGUAUUUCAAGACACAGUGCAGAGGAAAUUGAAACUCUUCGUAAACGCUUGGCCGAACUCGAGACUCGACAGAAGUCACAGGAAGAUUCUCCCCGACAUUGGCAACAGUUACGUGCGGCUUUCCGAUCACACUUCAUUGGAGCUCAGAUUUGUCUUAUCCCAAAAGAAUCGAUUACUAACAUCGUGCAAAAGGACGACGAGACUGUUAAAGACUACGUGUCUCGGUUCAACGAUCGAAUUCAAAAUAUGGAGCCCUGUCACCCUGAGACCUUGUUAGUAACCGCAAUCGCUGGACUGAAGCCCAACUCGAUGUUUCGCUGGACUUUGUGCCAAAACAAACCGGCCACGUUCCAAGAAUUUCUUGUACGAGCUCAACAAUUCAUUAUUGCCGAGGAAUCGAUGUCGGUUCCCAGUUUCGACUUCUCGGCGAAAGAAAACAAGACUGAACCGGACGCCAAAAAGAAGAAUAAGAAGAACUUUGGGAAAGCACAAUUUCAGAAUUUCUCCAAAGGAUAUGAAAACACUCCAGAGUCUAGGGCCGUUCGUGAUCAAUAUUCAGACAACGUCAGGUCAGGCUAUCAGGCCGUUUAUUCAGCCGGAGCAGCUACUAUAUAUGAAGAACUGAAAGGAAAAGGGUUUAUUCCAGACCCGAGGCCUGUGAGAACCCCUGAAGACAAGCUGGACAAAACUCGGUACUGUGCAUACCACAAGUCUCCGGGACAUAAUACCGAUGAGU